GUCAAUUUUUUUAAAUCUGAACCAAACUGGUGUUGCCCUAUUGCUAAGAUGACAUUUUGUUAUCAAAGAGAAAGAGAAUAUUGCUUAUUUGACAGAAUUAUUAAUUCUUUAAUAUAGCAUAAAAGGCCAAAUUGAUCAUCCCGUGAAUCUAAUAGACUGAUACAUUCAUAGUGAAAAGAAUGUUGGGUCUGAUCUUCUUCGCACUUGUUACUUCUGUAUCGGCCAAUAACGUUUGCCUGCACUUGGUUAAAAUAUCCUCAUUGAACGAUUUGGCUCAUAUCGAGUUAUCCACAGGGCCAAUGAUUGUCAUGGAUCACAACCUAUUUUCACCUCGAAGUCUGCAAGCUCUUGGGGUACCUUGCAUCCAUGGAACAGUCUUUGAAUCCCGUCCAGUGGAACUAAACGGGUUCUUACAAGCAUUUCAGGCUCUUCGAAUCUCUUCAAAGCCUCGUGUGGAAGUUCGCACGGAAUUGGACAAGGAUCGGAUAAAACUCUUGGAUGAUAUUCAUAGAAGUUUCGACUUGGUUGUCAAUGGCCAGACCUUUCCACCACCUUCAAUUGGAUCUCGGUUUUUACAUGUUACAACCUUCAACAAUUGGCCCAAUCAUUUCUAUACUUCCUCGGGCCUGACAGGAACGGAUGUCACCUUAUUUAAUGUUUUAUCCAAGAAUUUGCAAUUUUCGUACAUGCUUCUACCGCCCGCUUUGAGUGUCAAUGGGAGAGUCUUGAAAAAUGGAUCAUUGAUGGGCAUUUUACCCGAUGUUCAAAGUGGUGUGGCAGAUUUAGCCUUGUGUCAAUUGACCCUCACCAACGAACGCUACCACAUGGCCGAUUUUGCCCCGGUUCUUUCCGAGCAUGAUCUUGCCUUGGUGGGACCCAAGGCCAAACCCAAAAGCGAAUACGAGGCUUUGAUCUUGCCAUUUGACCAUUGGACUUGGUUCGGUUUAUGUACUUCAUUAUUGGGUUCUUUCAUCAUGUUGGCCUUUUUCAAGGUCAAUCUGAGUCCUGGCAAGGGUAUAUUGGACGAUACAUAUGAGGCUUUUUGUCUAGCCCUCGCUCCUUUAUUGCAAGCAAGCCUUUCUCACAACAUUUACCGAUCCAAUGGGUUCAUGUCUAUUUACUGCUUUCUUUUCCUGUGGACAGGGAUGGGGUUGCUUUUGACCUUGGCUUACAAGUCGACUUUAUUGGCCACCAUGACCAUGGUCGUUUUUAACGGUGUCAUUGAUACCCCCGAGGAAGUGCGGAGUUCUCAAUUGCCAGUCUAUGUUCUUUCGCAAUCCCUGAUGGAAACUGCGUUGAUAAGUUCUCCACGGAAAAUAUAUCAAGAUAUCUACGAUCAAAACGUAACUCCCUUUGGGACGGCCUUUCCACUUUCCUCGACUCCCCCGGAUAUGAACGACAAAAUUGAUGAUAACAGGGCGUUUUUAAUUUCCACCAGAACCAACACCAUGAGGGAGGCUAAUCGUUUUGCCUUUAAGGACUCCAUUUAUAUUGGUGCCACAUCUUGGUUGGGUCCAAAAGGAAGCCGAAUCGUAGCUCAGAUCUCGGAUCCUUUAAUGAGACUCCAAGCGGGAGGGUUGACAAAUAAAUGGUUUAAGGACGAAUUGCAAAACGCCUUGAACAGUCAUGGAUCCAUGAGUAAUCAGCCUACCAAUGAACCGAUUCAUUUGGGUCAUGUGACUCCGCCAUUCAUCUUAUUGGGAUGCAGCCUGGUUAUUUGUUUCGCAGUUUUUCUUGGAGAGGUUAUUGGCUCUUAUGUUUCAGAAAAUGAAGGCAAAUAAAAUAACUCCGUCCCUUAGAGACA